AUGUCCCGCGCCAUGAAGAAAGUGGACCCUCCGCUUAAGAUGGAAAUCGUUGCCAACAGUGUGCGCAACACCACCAUCGCCGUCGAGGACGAUCGAUACUAUUUCGAGGUAGUCACACGCUACUGGCACCCCACCACAACGAAGAUUAAUAGGUUCGACGUGGAGACUCGCCUGCUCACAACUGUGGCAGAGAUUGAAGGCCUCAGGGGGGCUGAUCGCAGAGUUCGUUUCUUGCAGCCGACGGAGAAGGGUCCACAGCUGGGUGACUGGAUAAGUGCAUCUGAGUUUUUGAAGGACGGGAAGUUCGCCACCGACACAGGAACGGAAUAUCUAUGGAAAUCACACAGGCGCAAGCUUCGACUAUUGAAGGACGGCGAGGACGAGAAGGCCCCUGCUGUCCAAUAUCACAGCCACAAACGUUAUUUCUGGGUGCUCCGUAUGUCUCGGCAUGCUUGGUUGGAUGUCAAGCCAGAGCUCACCGACUCGCUGGAGAAAGUCAUCGUGAGCUACCUCCUGGCUGAACGACAGAAGCGGGAUAAAUGGCGCCCUUUCUCUUAA